AGGAGCCCACACUUCCGGCACAGACUUGCCAGAGGUUCCAACGCGAGGCGCGCAAAGAGAAUGGAUGACGUCACGGAAAGCGGUGGGAGGGCUUGUGUUGGGCAAGCGCGGUAGGCCCGUUUCGCCGACUCGGAACCCAGAGCGUUGAAGGGGUUUUCCAGUAUUGCGGCGGAGCCCGCGGUCCUCGCCGUGUCCCCGGCAGCCCGCACGAAACUGGAAGGCAUUUCUGAGCCUGCGAACCUGCAGCGGAAGUGGAAGCAGAACGCCCUUCCUCAAGUGACUGGAGCUUACAGAUGCGGUCCAGGGCAGGGAACUGUGGCUAGGUAAGGAGGCCAUGCUUGAUGUUGCUUCCAGAUCCCAUGUCAACGCCAAGUCCUCAGAUGCUGGUGGCAGCUGCUCAGCAGACCCUGGGUAUGGGAAAGAGACGGGGCCCACCCCGAGCCGUCUGCCUUCACCUAGCUGGAGAGGUGCUGGCCGUGGCCCGGGGACUGAAGCCAGCCCUGCUCUAUGAUUGCAGUUGUGCAGGGACAUCAGAGCUCCAGAGCUAUCUGGAGGAGUUGCAGGGCUUGGGCUUCCUGACCCAGGGACUUCACAUCCUUGAGAUUGGAGAAAACAGCCUGAUUAUCAGUCCUGAGCAUGUAUGUCAGCGCUUGGAGCAGGUACUGCUUGGUACCAUAGCCUUUGUGGAUGUUUCCAGCUCCCAACCUCACCCUUCUAUUUGCUCCCUGGACCAACUUCAGGAUUUGAAGGCCAUAAUGGUUGAGAUCAUCACACAUUUGCAAGGGCUGCAGAGGGACUUAUCCCUGGAAGUCCCCUGCAGCAGACUUCGUUCUUCAGACUGGAAUCUCUGUACUGUGUUUGGGAUCCUCCUGGGCUAUCCUGUUCCAUAUACCUUUCAUCUGAACCAGGGAGAUGACAACUGCUUAGCCCUGACCCCACUACGGGUUUUCACUGCCCGGAUCUCAUGGCUGCUUGGUCAGUCCCCAGUCUUGCUCUAUUCCUUUAGUGUCCCAGAGAGCUUGUUCCCAGCCCUGAGGGAGAUUAUAAACACUUGGGAGAAGGACCUUAGAACUCGAUGUAGGAGGCAGAAUGACUUUGCUGACUUGAGCAUCUCCUCCGAGAUAGUCACGUUGCCAGCUGUGGCUCUCUGACUUCAGCUCUUCUCUCAUGUAGAAGAUACUCAGUAGAUGAUCAGCUCCAGGUUAGGGAUGGCAUCUCAAUGACCAAUUCUGAGCAUCUUGAGAAAAUUAGGGAAAAAUUCUGCGAACAGUUGUCCUCAUCUCAGUGGGCAUGGGAACAGGUGGUAGUGGUGUUGGUUGUACAUAGUUGCCAUUUCUAUAGUAGGGAGUCCUCAUGACUUAACUGAGAUGUCUGUUCAUUUUUCACUGAAUAGGGGAUAGAAGAAAGAUUGUGGAGACAGGCGGUGGAAGUCAAGUAGUCUGUUCUUGUGUGGUGGUUGUAAAUAUACCUGCCCCUGUGGGCAGUGUCUGCCAGAAAGUAUAGGACUAGGUAAGUUUUACUGCAUGUUUAUAUACCACCAACUGAAUCGGACUAGGGAGAGUAGACCAGGAUUCUCUAAUGUCUUAUGAUUGUGUUGUGAUGUGUCUGUCAUUCAGGGGUAAACUAAGAGUUCAGAGGAACAGAGACUUGUUAGGUGAAGUUUAUUUUACAGUAGGUUAAAAAAAAUAAUAAAGUCAGAAAUCUCUGUGGGAAAACCCACACUCUAAAGUAUGUAAA